AACUGAUAGAUCGGAUUGUACGGUUCUCACUGCUCGGUUCAGUUGCUCCCCAGCGAUCGCGGCCUGCGGAAGUGUUGCCAUCACAAUCGUUAACCGGAUCGGAAUAUAGGCUAAUUUCGACCCUUGGAUUAACUAUAUAAUAGUAGUAAAAAUAAUUGGAGUCGCGAGCCAUGGAGGUCCGAGUGGGAGUGGGCGAUCUGCUGAAAAUGGGCACUAAGCUCAUUGGCCACAAGAUCGUCCAGUACCGGCUGGCCACGAAGCAGACGAAGGUGGUCUGCACGAGGGACGGACAGGUGAGGGGACUCCGCCGCAGGGCGCUCUACGACGAGGAGUCCUACUUCGCCUUCGAGGGAAUCCCCUUCGCUCAGCCACCCGUGGGGGAGUUGCGGUUUAGAGCCCCCCAGCCACCACGCCCCUGGACGGGAGUGAGGGACUGCACUUAUCCGAGGGCCAAGCCCGUGCAGCGGCACUUCGUCCUCAGCAUCGUCGAGGGCAGCGAGGACUGCCUGUACUUAAACGUGUAUUCCAAGCGACUCAAGACGGACAAGCCGCUGCCCGUGAUCGUGUGGAUAUAUGGCGGUGGAUUCCAGAUCGGCGAGGGCAGUCGCGAUUUCUAUAGUCCGGACUACUUUAUGCAGCACGAUGUGGUGGUUGUCACAUUUAAUUACCGAGUGGGCGCAUUGGGCUUUCUCAGCCUCUCCGAUCGCGAUUUGGACGUGCCUGGGAACGCUGGCCUAAAGGAUCAGGUGAUGGCCCUUCGCUGGAUCCGCGAGAACAUCGCCCAGUUCAAUGGAGACCCCCAGAACAUAACUCUGGUGGGGGAGAGUGCGGGAGCAGCCUCCGUCCACGCGAUGAUGACAACUGAGCAGACGCGGGGACUCUUCCACAAGGCCAUCAUGCAAUCGGGGUCGCUGUACUGCGAGUGGGCCAACGAGCCGAGUGGCAGGUGGGCGUACAGGCUGGCCUGUCAGUUGGGCUACUCGGGGAGUGAGAACGAGAAGGAGGUGCUCCGGUUCCUGCAGAAGGCUCCCGCCUCGGAAAUGGCAGCCCAGGCAAUCCAUCUGAUUUCCCAGGAAGAACGACGGAACUACGCUCUCUUUCCUUUCACUCCAGUGGUGGAACCAUAUAUCACCAUGGAUUGCGUUCUGCCUCGUUGCCAUAAAGAGAUGCAACCUGCGGCUUGGGGAAAUGACAUACCGUUGAUCCUGGGAGGAAACUCAUUCGAGGGUCUCUUCUCCUACCAGUCCACCCUUCACGACGAGGAGCACAUGCUGAGUGCCUUCGAGGCCCUGAUUCCCCGAGAGAUCAGACAGAGGAGCUCCCAAUCUCAACUGAAGGAUCUGCUGCGUCAGUUCAAGGUGGAUAACUUCGAGGACGCAACUCGUGGAAGGAUGGAGUUCAACGAGUGCCUGCAGAUUCUGUCCAUAAAGCACUUUUGGCAUGGCAUCCACCGCACAGUGCUAGCCAGAUUCCGUCACGCCCCCACAACGCCCACCUAUUUGUACCGCUUCGAUGUGGAUUCGCCCACCUGCAAUCACUUCCGGCAGGUGAUGUGCGGAAGACACGUCCGUGGAGUCAGUCAUGCCGAUGACCUUUCCUACCUCUUUUACCACAUUUUAUCCAGCAAACUGGAGAAGUCCUCGCUGGAGUACCAAACCAUACAGAGGAUGGUGGGAAUGUGGGUGGCGUUCGCCCGAAACGAUAACCCCAAUUGUCCGCAGAUCAAUCCGACCUCUUGGGAAGCACUGGAGGAAGAAGGUCCUCAGAUGUGUCUCAACAUCGGAAAACAACUGGAGUUUAUUGUGUUGCCGGAGUCCAAACAGAACCGAAUUUGGGAUAAACUGUACUCUAAACACGACUUAUGUUAGGUGGAGGUUUGUAAAUAUUGUAAAUAAACAUGGCUUAUGCCAUACGAAAAUGUAAA